AUGGUCCAAAAGCUUAUCGACAACGGAGAACUGAAGCAAUACAUAAGGAAGGAAGAAGCAGAUGACAGGUCGAAACGAAGCAAACAAGUUCAACUGCCUGAAGGCAAUCGAACACUAAACAUCAUUUCGUGUUCGGAAGUCGCUGGACCAUCGUUAACAACUCAGAUUGGAAAAAGGCUGAGAAAGCAAUUCGAAGACUUCUGCGAGCUGUAUAAGAUCGAUGGGGUAGAGAUAGACGAUCACGAGCAAUGGAUGGAUGCACCGAUCACUUUCGAGGCAGAUGAUGUGGAGGAAGACAUGGAGGAUCACAAUGAUCCUUUGAUCCUCACACUGUCCAUAGCAGGGUGCAACAUCAAGAAAAUCCUCAUUGACGGAGGAAGUUCAGUCAACGUCUUGUUCUAUGAUACGUUCAAACGAAUGGAGCUAAACGACGAGCAGCUGAUAUCUUCGUACCACACCAUUUAUGGAUUCAAAAGGGCUCCUACGAAACCAUUAGGGGAUAUUGUUCUACAAUAA